UUUUUUAACUAUUAAAAAAAUAAAAAUACCGGAACAGUAAUUUGAGGGACAAAUCCAAUAGCUAUCAUUCGAAUUUCGGAUGUUAUUAAAAAAAAAAAAAAAAGAGAAAGAAAGAAACGUUGAACACCCAGUCUUCUUCAAGAGACUUCUCUCCUCGCUUUCCUCACCACAAACCCCAACCCUAAUCGAGGACUUUCCCUCUCCGUGGUUCUCUCUCCUCGGGCCAAAAAUGUCGCGCUUCGGAAGGACAGGCCCUCCUGACAUCACCGAUACCUAUUCUCUCCUCGUUCUCAAUGUCACCUUCCGUACGACUGCGGAUGAUCUAUUCCCAUAUUUUGAUAAAUAUGGCAAGGUCGUGGAUAUCUUCAUCCCUAGAAAUCGAAGGACUGGUGACUCAAGGGGCUUUGCUUUUGUGCGGUACAAGUAUGCUGACGAGGCACAGAAAGCAGUGGAUAGGCUAGAUGGUAAAGUAAUAGAUGGUCGAGAGAUAGCAGUUCAGUUUGCGAAAUAUGGGCCAAAUGCGGAGAGGAUCCAAAAAGGGAGAAUUAUUGAAUCGUCCCCAAGGUCAAGAAGUCGCAGUCCUCGCAGAAGGCACCGAGAUGACUAUAGAGAUCAGGAUUACAGAAGAGGGCGCAGUAGAAGUCUUGAUAGAUAUGAUCGUGAUAAGUAUGGGAGGGAAAGGGAUUAUCUUCACCGGAGUAGGAGUCGCAGUGUUAGUCCCGACUACCAUAGGGCUCGGGGAAGAGGCCGUUAUUAUGAUGAGCAUCGAAGCCGAAGCCAUUCAAUGGAUAGUGCGUCUCCCAUUCGGCGUAGUCCCAGUCUUCACAGAAGUCCUUCACCACAAAGGUCUCCAUCUCCUAGGGGUCAAAAUCCUGAUAGGCUCAGCCGUGAGGGAAGGUCCCCAACUCCUCUCGGUAUUUCAUCCAGGGGUCGGUCUGCCGAUACUUGAAGCCAAUCCCCUUGAAAGUUAGAUGAUGAAUGAUUAUUUUGGCUGCCUGGAAAUUCAUGGAGACAUCUUGAGUGGCGUACUUGUGGGUUUUAUGCUGAUGUUGAUGACCCUUGAUCGUCGUGCACGUUCUUAUCAGAAUCUUAAGUGCUAGUUUGGUAGGACUGUGAACUCUUUGAUGUUUAAGCAUUUAUCUUGGACCUAAUCCUUGGGUAGGUGUGCAGCGUACCGAUAAAAAGAAAAAAUGGACAUCAUCUUUAGCUGGCCAUUUUUGAAUUUGUGGUCUUCAUAGUUUGUAGGGUGGUAUUUUAGAAUUGAUGGAGUCAUAUCUUAAUAUGGAUCCUUUUUCAUCACACAUUUGAUUUUGUUGCCUUCAAUGCCUGUUGAUCUCUCCCUCUCAAUUUAAGUAUGCUUGGUUAUAUUUUUUUUAUUUUCUUUUGAUUCAUCACGAGCUAUUUAUUAGGUUUUAUAGUUAUGUUCGGGGAACAAUGACUGGGGCUUCAUGGGUGGAUGUUGAAUUAUGGUCAUUGAUGCUGUUCGUAAAAUGUAGAUGGAUGAUCGGGAUAUUGAUGCUGGUUGCAGCAGUAUGCUGGUUUUAGAAGUAUGGUUGUUUUAGCAGUAUGCUGGCAGCAGAGGACUUACAUAUGUUAACUAGUUUUCUCUGGAUGAUCUAAUCUUUGAGGUUCUAGUUGCUGUGAUGGUCUAACGACAUGAACAUCUAUUUAACUUCUAGCUGAUGCUGCACAUAUGAGAUGGACCUAUGAUUCAUUGACUGCGAUGUGGAUACUGAACGUGAACUGCAAGUUCUAUAUAUGAAUACUUGAAUGCUGGUGCGAAUUUUGCUGCAGAAUAAUGAGGCAUGUGGAGAUAUUUUUAGCACAUGGGCACAUGACUGUAGCUGUGAAGUGGUUGCUGAUGCCUGUUCUGUUCUCUGAUUGGUUGGUGAUUAACUUUUGCAGUAUUAGGGAAUAAAUACUGCUACUGGGCUGUUGCUGCCCACUCUAUAUUAGUUGGGGUUGGCAAUUUUACUAGCUGUUGUGAGAUUGAUUGUCGCUGCCAAGCUGUGUUGCUUGCUUGCUUGCCAACAAUCAAUUCUUAAUUUAUAGUCAUACAUAUGCAUAGUGUUAUGCUUUGUGCCUGUGGAUUUAUAGUUUUGUCUCACUGUAACAAGUUUAAUGCUAUGAAAAAUUGAUUCUAUACUUAAUUUGCCAUAACA